AUGUCUUCACCUAUGCAUAGACCUAUUUUGUCCCCAAAACACUCGAAUUCGAGAAGUGCAUCACCGAUUAAAAAUGACAAGACCUUUAUGGCACAGCAAAUUGAAUCACCAUACAAUAACCAGCGUAUUAGACUUUCAUACAAUAACAUCAAUAACACGUCGCCAUCGAAAAAACCCCAGGUCAAGAAAUUGGUGUCUCCUACAAAAGCACGUCCAUCUAAGGAGUUGAGCUUCACUAUAUUUGAGGACGAUGUAUACUACAGGGACACGUUAACUGAUGAUACUAAACCAGAUGAGGAACCCUUGGGCAAAGAAAAUGACAGUAUUGAGACAGUACGGGAGUCUCGUAAUAAAUUAAACCACGAUGACCAGGAAAACAUCUUACAACCCAAAUUCAAACAAAGCACCCUCAAGCAAGCCAGUAUUGCUAGAAGAAAGCCAUUGUCGAAUUUGAACAUCAACGAAUUUUCCGGAUACGUGACAUACAACCAGUUCCCUAUACAAUUGAAUGAAUUGUACCAGCCACCUAACUUCCAGAACGAGCUGAAGUCGAUUCACAAGUUCAACAGCAAAUUGCCCUGCUUUGUCACCCCACCUAGAUCUAACUUGCAAAAUGGUCUUCUCACAUCUAAAUAUCUCGUUAAAUCUGCAAUUGAAGAAGAACCUUUUAACGAGGAAGAUGAAGUCGAACAUCGUUUGAUGCAAAAGCAUAGCUCCAUCAAAAAGAGAAGAUCGCUAUCGGUUGGUAAGAACGACUCCAAGUUCAAAUUGAUUAAAAAGAAUAAUUUUCAAAUCUUAACCAACUAA